AUGCUCCGCUUGCAAAGAGCGAGGUUGUGCUUUUGUGUGGCUGCAGCAAACAUUUAUGAUCUCCUCAAAAACGACUGUGGUCCAUGUAUAAACACGGAUGCCAGCACAUUUCCAGCAUGUUCAGUGGCUGGUAUUCCAGGUGGAAAGAAAUGGUAUUUUGCAAGUCAUGUUAUUUGUGGUUAUUAUCAGUUUUGCAGUGCUGACUGGGAGGAAAUAACUUUUGGCACACAGGAGAAUGAAGAUUCACUCCAAACAAGUACUGAUGACUACCUGGGAGCUGUACAGAAUUUUGAGGAGGAAGACAACAGCAGAGAGUCGCUGUCUAUGACUGAUAUCUAUGAUGAAGCUGCAGAGAGUCUGCAUCAGUUAGCCGAUAGACUGCCUGCUCCAGGCAGAGCAAUGGUCGAUGUAGUCCUGCAUGCAGUUGAACGAGAUGUACCCAAGUUAAAAGACUGCCUGCCUGCCAUUGGUGCCCUGAAACACCUGAGAGAGUGGCACUCUGCACAAAUCACCAUUGCAGCAAAUGACUCUACAGGGUGGCAAAAAAUUGCUGACUAUCUGUCAGCAGACUUUGUAUCUUCAGAUAAUCUCAGGAAUAUUAUUGACUUAAAAGAACUCUGGAGGGGAAGGAUUCAGAUAUGGGAAAGAAAGUUUGGAUCAGAAAUCAGAUUUCCAGACUUCUGCAUGAAGAGCAUUUCAGCAAAGCCAUUUAGCACUUCCCACUUAAAUUCCUGCUUUGCUGCUAGGAGUGAGCCAAGGAAUACUGAUGCUUUGGCAGAGGUUUUUCAUUACUACGGCCCUGCAUUAGAAUAUUUGCAGAUGGUGAUGCUUUCUGAUCUACCUUCCUGUUUUAUAUCAGAUCUGGAAUUUGAGCUGAGCCUGUCAAGAAAGAAUAUCAAGAAGUCAUCUAUGCUGCUUCUUGACCAGAUUUCUUCCGUCUCUGGGAAGGUGGGGGCUUUAUUUGCAUUGCCUUGUAAUGUAAGCAACGUGCUGAUUCCUUCCCCUGCCCAGCUGAGUGCAAAGAAAUGGAAGGAAUACAUGGCUAGAAAACCUAAGAUCAUUACUGUUCCAGAAGUGGAGCUGAAAGGAGAAUCUUGCCGAUACUAUUUCUUGCUGCAAGGCAAUGGCUCUGGAGGAUGUAGAGCAACGUUGCUCCAUUCAGCUAGUCAGAUCAAUGGAAUGGCUGCUCUUGCUGCAAUAAACGGGAAGCUAAAGACAGAUGAAAGCAAAACAGAAUCAAGUAAGACUUGUUUUAAAGUAGACUUCAUUGAGUCUCUUCCACAUUUCUGUGGGGAGCAGAUUGUACAGAGGGAGAAGAAACUGUCUCAUAUGCAAGUGUCUGCCUUGAAGGAAUAUCUCAAGAGAAAAGAAUUGACUAAGCAAUCGCCUGUUAUUUCCACUGAUGAGCUCAGAAAUUUGUUAGUACUUACAAGAGAAAGCUUUCUGGAACUGUGCAAUGCUAGUCUUCCUAAGCCUGUUCUACAGAAAGUUGCCAGUAAAACUAGGUCCUACACAGUGACUUCUGGAUCUGAUUUAAUGGAGCCAAAUCCACUGGAAUGGCCAGAAAGACAUGUUCUCCAGAAUUUGGAAAACUUUGAAAAAACUAAACAAAAAAUGAGGCUUUCUAUGUUUCCACAUUCAUCUGAACAGUUGCUGGGACAUAAAGAUGGCCAAAAGGAGUCACUGGCAUUACUCGAUGCUAAGGAGUUGCUGAAAUUCUUCACACCAGAAGGGUUGCCAGUUGGUGAUCUUCAACCACUGCAAAUUCCCAAGCGUGAAAAUGUUUUCCUUCUGACUCCUGAGCUUACUCCUCGGAAGCUCAGAGGUUUGCCUUUCGAAAAAGCAGCUGGAUGCCAUUAUCAUGGGGUUGAAUAUUGCCUAGAUAACAGAAAAGCUUUAGAGAGAGAUGUGGCCUAUGCUGAACUUCAAACUCGUCUCAUUCGGUAUGAAACUCAGACCACUUGCACCAAAGAGUGCUGCCCCGUGCCCGUUGUGCUGAGCCCUCUGCCGUCCCCUGCGGUCCUGUCGGAGCCUGGCAGCGUCCCCGACGGGGAGGCUUUGCAAAGCGACUUCCGAGCGGAGGCGUCACGGCUAAAACGCAGAUCAAAAGACCUGGAUUGCUUUUAUCCCAGGAAGAGGCUAACCAAGUCUGAGAGCACAGACUCCCUCCUUUCUCAGGCAAGCUGUAGCAGUGGAAGUCACUGCUCAGUUGCAGUGAGUAGGAAGCGCUCAGAAAGAUCCGUUUCUUUAGCUUCGAUGCCGCAGAAACCCUCCUGUCAACCCCACAGAGCAGCCACGAAGGCUCCCUCAACCAGUCGAGUAAGUGCAGCAGAAGCUGAGACCUCAAAGCCAGCCAAGGAAUCAAGAUCUCAGAAACAUACAAGGAUGCUGAAGGAGGUGGUGGCCAAAACUCUUGAAAAACAUGGAAUUGCAGAGGAGCACAAGUGCUUUGCAUCAUGCAGCCAGCGUCUGUUCGAGAUAUCCAAGUUCUAUCUAAAGGACCUGAAAACUUCUAGGGGACUUCUGGAUGAAAUGAAGAAAACUGCAAAUAACAAUGCUAAGCAGGUGAUUGAGUGGGUUUUGGAGAAGACCAGCAAUUAG